ACAAAAGAAUUUAUUAAAAAAAGAGCUUUUCUUUUAAUAAUAAUUUAAAGUUUUUAAACAAAAAAUACCCUCAGUGGACUGAUUACCUUUUCGACAUUAAGUUAUCUUGAGCAAUUCCUAAAAGUUAAACCUUUUCCCGAAUGAAAAAAAGAUUUAACAAACAACAAAAUCUUCAUUUAAAGAAAUUUGCAAUAAUUCCACAUUAAAUUCCUUCACAAUCAACCUCCACAAUGUCAACAUUUUGUGCAAUUUUACAUCAACAUCAACAGGAGCAAUUGCGUCAAAGUCUAUCGCCACAACUGGCCGGAUCAAUUGUUAAUAUGACGACCAGCAGUAGCAGCAGUAUAUCACAUCAGAAACAAUCAAGCUCUUCGCCAAUUCUUAGCAGUAGUGGUAGUAGCAACAACAAUUACAAUACAUUAACAAUGUCACCCAAUAAUUCAAGUGAUCCAACAACAAAUAUUUUACAACAUACACUACAUCUAAACAAUGGACAUAUCAAUAGUAACAGCAACAAUAACACAUGUGGUAGUAAUGCCAACAACAACAACAGCAGUAGCAGCAGCAACAAUCACAAUCACAAUAAUACCAGCAUUCAUCAUAACGACCAUAUUAAAAGACCUAUGAAUGCCUUUAUGGUUUGGUCCAGAGGACAACGACGCAAAAUGGCACAAGAUAAUCCAAAAAUGCACAAUUCUGAGAUAUCAAAACGUUUGGGUGCUGAAUGGAAACUUUUGACUGAAGGACAAAAGCGACCAUUCAUUGAUGAGGCCAAACGUUUGAGAGCCCUACACAUGAAAGAACAUCCCGACUAUAAAUAUCGACCGAGACGAAAACCUAAAACCCUUAAUAAAUCACCAGUGCCGGCGGGACAAAGCAAUAACAACAGCCACAAUGGACAAAACUCCAAAGACUCUCAAAUAAAUGGCAACAAUACAACACAUCUGGGGCAUAAACAACAUCAUUCGAAUCAACAUCAACAAUCGCCAACCAAUUUAACCUCACAAAAAUAUAAUUUUGGUUCUCCUCUGGAGUUGACUUUAAAUAUGCCACAGCGUGUUACCAAUGUAUUUCCCGCCGCUUUAUCACACUAUCCUCUAGAUCCUACUAUUGCACUGGAUCUGCAGGCACGACUACAGGCCAUGUAUGCUGGUAGUUUGUAUCACCCCUGGCGUUAUUUUGGCUGCACUCCCCUUAUCAGUCCCGAAACACCUCCCUCACCGCCCAGCAGCAAUAGUACGGGCAUUUCAUCGUAUGGCUGCAUAAAAUCUGCCAAAUCCUCACCAACUUUAGCGUUGCCCGCCCAGGCACCACCUAAUAUUAUUUGACCAACUCCGUUACGUUACGGAGCCGUUGAACCUGCCGUCUGAGAAAACUCCUUACAAAGGAUUAAGUUUUAAUUAAAAUCUUUAAGAAGCUCCAGCUAAAUCCGUCGUCGUCAAGUUUUAAUUGCACAAACUAAAAUUUCCAAUAGCUAAAAAUUAAGCUUCUAUCGGUACAACAAAAACAGAUGAAUUUUUGUCCGAGGAGUAUAUAAAUAGAACUCUACUCGAUAUGUACUAUAUGGAACUUAAAUAAAUUUUGAAGAAAUCUAAGUAUAUAAAUGCGCUUAAAUGCAUAGAUUGGUAUAUUUUUUGUGAUAAUGUCCAGUAAAUAAAUUUGAAAAAAAGUAUUAAAAAAA